CCAAAAAUGCAAAAACGUCAGAAUCAAUUUUUUUUGAGAUGUAACCUUAAUACUUCCGAGGUGCGACAUGGUACUUACACAUCCACAUUUCAUCCCAAAAAUUUUAUGUCAGCUAAUGCCUGAUAAUAUUGAGUUUCCAGUAUGUAAAUCUAGUGGCUUGGUAGAUGGAAAUUCAAAUUAUCUGCAAUAAAGACACCUUCAAUCAUCAUGAUUGGCAACAUUACACGGUUUUAUUUUACCUAUCAAUUAGUUCUGAAUGCAUCUGACUUGACUUAUCUAUGCAAUAUGCAUAUCAUUAUCAAUCAUUCAGUAACUGUGAAUUGCAUAAAUAUGACGACCUGUGAUUUAUUCUGAAAAAUAAAGUAGGUAUUUAGAGCGUAUUUGUGGGCAAAAUUUUACCAUUGCUCCACUUGCGAUCGUUUCGAAUUCAGAAAUUGCAUAAUAUCCUUUCAGCAAUGUAUUUGACGCGUAAGAUUUUGUUGUGGUUUUCGUUGUUUAAUAUAGAUGGCUUAUUUUUUUCCAGAGAAAAUUUAGUUUUCGCUUUUGAAAACCCAUUAGCGCCAGGUCUUUCCAUUCGCACUGGCAUAAAAGCUGCUAUCAAAGCAGCAUCUCAUGUCCUCGGAUCAUGGAGACCACUUACUCUUUUCACACCCUUGGACGAAACUUCUUUGGUCAAUCUAACGUCACAGUCACUUGAUAUCCGAAAAGUUACUCCUAAAACUGUGGGAACUGUAACCGGAGGUGUUUUUGGCAAAGAUAAUUACGAGGUUGUUAAAGCUUCGUGCUUUUGGAAUACUGGUUCAUGUAAUAAAACUAGUAUGGAGUGUCACGUAUAUUUCUUCAACUUGAAAUACAAUUCGUAUGAAAAGGCUUUAGAUUAUGAUGACGGAAUUAUGGUCAUGAAUUUUCCAGUUGCAACUGAUGGUGAUUUUCGUAACCCGUUGUUUCAUGGCUUGUCUAAAAUAAUUGGGAAAAAACUCAAACGACCAGGGGACUGUUCCAAGGUUCACAGCGCAUUCGUCUACCGAUGGUAUGUGAAUUUCCCCCUCAAAAGUGUUUAUACUAGUUAUAGAGCGGAUUUCAACGACGAAGAAUUUGGAAAAAAAUUUUGUGCUGUUGUGGUCAACAUGCCUGUGAAUCGGCGUUUGAAUUACAUUUCAAAAGAACAGUUCAAAUCUACGUUUGGAAAAAUGAAAGGAAUUUCGCAGGAAGCUGUGAGUGGUGAAUUCAUUCAAGAUGCCGGUGUGGCUAAGACACCAGUGGAAAGGCAUGAAGGAAUUUGUGUUUUAAAUAUCCCAGCAUGAUUAUUGGGUCAUUCUCAAAUAUUAUGUUGAUUAAAUUGAACAAUAAUGAUUAAAAUAAACGUUCUCUUCCUUUAGUAA